AUGAUAGAAUCUUAUUACGUUGCAAGGCCUGUAAUUCGUUAUCAUCAAGUUCUUUUACGGAAGCGCUUCGAUGAUAACAAGUGCGUUUGUGAUCCUAAAGAUCAACGUCGACUUCUAUGGCUUGGCGAACAUGAAGCAUUUAUGAAGAAACAUCCACUACCAUUUGGAAAGUAUCGUAUCCGUCCAAGGGAGCAAAACCUUCUCUUGGGCGACUUUAAUGCCCGAGUAGGACGAGAUUAUGACGCCUGGUCUAAAGUUCUGGGCAGACAUGGUGUUGGUAAAAUUAACAGCAGCGGCCAACUGUUGCUUAGUUUUUGUGCACAAUUAGAUCUUGCAAUUACAAAUACUAUGUUCAGAUUACCUGCCAAGUACAAGGCAACGUGGGUGCACCCCAGAUCGAAGCAUUGGCACCUUAUCGAUUACGCUACCGUGCGUCAAAAAGACAUCUCUGAAGUCCUAGUUACCCGUGUCAUGCGUGGUGCUCACUGUUGGACUGAUCACAGGCUUGUUAUUAUUAAAUUAAAUCUUCGUCUUCCACGUCCUUCUAGUUCUGAAAGAUCUAAACAGAUACCUUUGAACCUUGAACGACUCCAAGAUACUAACACCAGGGCUAAAUAUGCCAAAACCAUGAGCACUACUCUGCAGCCCCUCGACCUAAAAUCAGGUGAGAUCAAUACUGUCUGGGAGUCUCUAUCUUCUCGUGUUCUCGACACUGCUAAAUCACUUAGGUUUGAGAGUCCGAAAACAUGA